AUGUGGGAGGACGAGCGAAAACGUCUGGUGCGCGUUCCCAGGCGUGCGACGCACGGCGACGACGACUACGACGAUUACGACGACGAGGACGACAACGACGAGGAGCAGGGCUACGGGGGAAACGGCCGCUCUUCCAGCGGGCGCGGCGGCUAUAGCAGGGUCGGGAAGGUGGUGGACGACGAAGAGGACGAUGAGGAGGGGUGCUUGUGGUGGUGCUGCUGCUCGUGCUUCAAAUGGCAGCGCGUGUGCGGCGUGAUGUGCGGGCUGGUUAUCCUUGCGGCGCUUCUCUACGCGCUGCUUGACGCCAGCGACCUGCUCCCGUGCGGCGACAAGUGUCUUCCCGCUAUGGGGAGCCUCGGCCCGCUCUACCAGCGUGCGGUGAAUGCCGCGCAGCAGCAGAUGGGCGGAGCGGGACCGGCGCUCCCGAAUACCGCGGAGGGCGGCGCAGGCAGCCCUGGAGUAGAUGCGCAGUUUGCCACGCCGUCGGCUGCGGAAGCUUACUUACAGCAGCAGGCGUCUCAAAACGAUGCGCUGCAGUAUCAACCAGAGCAACAGCAGCAGCAGCAGCAGUCUAUGGUUCACUUCGAGCCGCGGGAUAGCGCGCUACUAGUGCCGCACACCCAACCGGUGGAGCAGCAGCAGCAAGGGCAGGAAGGGCAAGAAGGGCGCUUCGAGUACCCCUCCAUACACGAUAACCAGAAUCAUGACGCCUCUAUGGUUGCCCAGCUAGGGCCGCAGGGGCAGCAGCAGCAGCAGCAGCAAGGGCCUGAGCUGCCGCAGGAGCCGCCGCUGGACAUGCCGUUCGUGCCGCCGCAGAAGCCGCCGCUGACCCCGCCACAAGGGCCAGAGGGAGGAUACGCGCCUCGGGUUGAUGCGCCAACGGAUGACCAGCCCGAAUGGUCCACUAUGGCCGGGCAGGAGGCGGAGGGGCACGUGGAAGAAGCGAUGGCGGAAGGAGAGACAGGGGAGAACGCGGAGAAUGCGGGGCAAGCGUUCACGGAGCAGGCUCAGGCAGAAGCGCAACAGGUGCUCGCGGAGGAGGCGCAGCAGCAGCCGCCCGCAGCGCAGUGGGGGGCAGAUUCCGCUCAGGGUGGCGCUGGGACGUGGGGAGCGGAAGGCGGAGCGGGCGCCGCGGAAGGUAUGCGCGGAACGGCGGUGGAUGGGAUCGCGGAAGAGUCGCGAGGGUACAACACUGGCGCGGGCGGGGAAGAGUUUGGCGCAGCGGAAGGCGAAGUACAGGCGGAGCGACAAGUCGAGGCGGAAGGGCUGGUAGCAGCAGGGGGGCAGUCGGAGGCGGGGAAGCAAGUUUCGCCGCAACGUCAAGGAGUUGCGGAAGGUACAUUGGCGCAAGGACAGGAAAAUCGCGCACGGACGGCGCUGCCAAGUGCGCCUGUUAAUGCGGCGGUCGGGGAGGCAGCAGGCGGGUCUGCGGGGAAGGUUGCCGGGAGUGCAGGGCAGGCGGAACUCCAGGGGGAGGUGGAGGCGGGCGGUUGGGCACAGAUUCCCGAUGCACGUACUGGUUCGGGCAAUGCGACAGGCGCUACGGAUGUUCCUGCAAGUGCUUCCGUGGCUGGUAAAAAAGCCGCAGCUACAAGCAGUGGCUCUGGCGCUGGUUCUAGCACUGCUGCUUCUGGCCCAGUCUCUGCUACAGUCGCUGGUACUUUUCCUGCUACAACCGCUGCUGCCGCAGCCUCUGCUACAACCUCUGCCACAACCCCUACUGCAACCUCUGCUACAGGUGCUGCAUCCCCUGCUACAACCCCUGCUACAGCCGCUGGUGCAUCACAAGCGUCCGCCUUUGGACACGUGGCAGGCGGGGUUCAGGAGCUACAGGCGGAGGGGGAAGCCCGGGCGAGAGCGGAGCAACAGAGGAAGAAGGGGGAGGGGAGCGGGGGAGGUGGAGGCGAGGCGCAAGGAGAUGAGGUCCCUGACGACGCCAUGGCUGCUGACUUCCGCCCUUGCAUUGAGCCCAGCAAGCUUGCUGCUAUGGCUGCGCAGUCCUCGUGGCCGUAUCUCGCGCUUUUGGGCGUGCGGCCAGGCUUUACACGUCAGCAGGAGGCGCUCUUACGUGGCUUGUGGGCGGCAAAGGCGACGGGAUCCGUGCUGCUGCUGCCGCCCUUUUUCCUCAGCUUUGAUUCGGGCGCAAUGAAGCAGACGAAGCUGCAGCAGUACCUUGAUACAGACAGACUCGUUACUCAUAUGUACUGCGCAUCCAAGUCCUGGGCAGUUGACCAGCUACCGGCCUCCAUCAUCGCCUCUCUCCCUGCGAACGCCACGGCUGGCAACAUGCCGGCACUCAUUCAAGCUCUGGGGCCCGCAGCCCAGCGCAUCCCUGCCAAAGUCGUUGCUGCCUUGAGCGCCGGUGGCGGUAGCAGUGGUGGUGCAAGCGGUGCUGGUGGUCCCGGUGGUGAUGCUGCUUCUGUCAUUGCUGCUUGGAGUGAGAAGAUGAGAGACGAUGCUGCAGCUGGGAAGGUGAAGCUCAUUCUGCUGGAUGCGGACACGCCCAUCCCCUUCACCUCGCGCGACCAGCAGCACCUGCGCCGCAAUGGCCUGGCCGCCAUGCGCCCUGCGCAGCCCAUUGCAUCGCUCUCCGCGCACCUCCUGCACCUGCUGCGCAAGACGCACGAGGCGCAGUUCGGCGAGCUAGUCGGCUUCUCCUUCGCUGUUCGCGCAGCCAUCCUGAACCGUCUCACCUCCGCCUCGUUCCACAUCACCACUCGCGACGCCCUCUUGCGCUCCGACCGCUCGGCAGCAAGCUCCGACGCGCAGAGGCUCUUGUCUGCCCUCCAUCCGGAGCAUGAGAUGCAAGCAGCGGUGGAACAAGCAGUGGCGAGGGAGGCAGCGGUGUUCUUUGGACCGGCAGAGUCGUCCUUCUCUUCUCUGGUGUUUGAGCUCAGGUGCUUCACACACCCGCCGCUGCUGGAGGGCGGGGAAGGCGUGGCGAUGCGUGCGACUGUGUUCUACGAUGUGGGUCCGUCUGCUGUGCCGUGCCGUGCUUGA